CUUGAAAGCCGUCCUGAUGGGGAAGCCCCAGGACAACACCGUGGACUUGUCGGGCAUCCCGCUGACGCUGAGGGACUUGGACCGCGUCACGUCCUACCUGCAGCGCAGCUCGGAGCACAUCGACACGGUGGAGCUGUGCUUCACGGAGCUGACGGACGAGAUGCUGCUGCAGCUGCUGCCCGCGCUCUGCGUCCUGCCCCACCUCACCACCCUCUCCCUCAACGGCAACCGGCUCACCAAGGCCAUCCUCCGCGACCUCACCGAAACCCUGAAGGACCCCAAGAAGUUCCCCAGCGUCACCUGGAUCGACCUCGGCAACAACGUGGACAUCUUCUCCUUGCCGCAACCCUUCCUGGUCAGCCUAAAGAGGCGGUGCCCAAAGCAAGGCAACUUGCCCACCAUCCUAGAGUUUGGCGAGGGGCAGGUAAGCGAUUUGGAGAGCCAGGAGGGCCUGGUCGAGAGCCAGGAGGACCUGCGAGCUGGACCAGGCAAGACUGACAACACCGGCUCGCAACAGCCGGACAGAACAGGCGAGGCCGGGGAGCUCGCCGGCUCGGAGCAGGGUGUUGCGACACCACAGACAUGA